CUCCUCCCCAUACCGAAUACCAGGGGCUGCCCUCAACCGUUGGUGAAACAGCCUCUGGUUUUGCGCACAUUACCAUUUCCACUGAGAAACACAUAAUCCCCACGCUGUUCUUAUAAAAAUCCAGAAGCCCCGUUGCUUCACCAGCACCGUCCAAACUCACAGACCCGGAACUCAAAAUUCGAUCUUUUUCUCCAUCCAAGUCAGUCCCAGUACUUGUGACUCACAUACCCAGAAUUCAAAAUCCAAUCUUUUUCUCCGUCCAAGUCGAUCCUACUCCUAGUACUUGUAACUUGCAGACCCAGAAUUCAAGAUCCAGUCCUUUUGUCCAUCCAAGUCAAUCCCAGUACUUUGCCCAGAGCAAACAAGUCAAGUCACCAUGAGUUCAACCUGCAGAUCAUGGAUUGCUGCGGCGACCGUUGGGACAGUGGAAGCACUGAAAGACCAGGGAUUUUGCAGGUGGAACCCCGCGCUCAGAUCGCUCCACCAGCACGCCAGGAGCAACGCCGGGUCUUGUUCUCAGGCCAAGAGAGCGUCCUCGUCCUCAGCUGCUUCUGCUAUCCCUGAGAAAAUCAGAGAAGGGAAAGCGAAGCAGUGUGAAGAGUCCUUGAGGAAAGUCAUGUACUUGAGCUGUUGGGGACCUUAUUGAUUUUGCUAGAGUCCGUUGUAAUUAUGACCGCCGAAAUGAAAUUGAGCAGUUUAUGCAUAUUGUUCACUC